UUUUUUUGUCUCUCACUUAUGCUCUUUAGUAUAAAAAUUGAUACGAAAACCCUAGCAGUCCCUCUCUUUGCUUUUUUUUCUCCGUCACUUAGCGACCUGCCAGUCUAAGGCUUGAGCUAAGGAGAAGAAAAAAAGAAUGGUGAGAAUAAGUGUACUUAACGAUGCGCUAAAGAGCAUGUACAAUGCGGAGAAACGAGGCAAGAGGCAGGUCAUGAUCAGGCCUUCUUCCAAAGUCAUUAUCAAGUUUCUUAUCGUCAUGCAGAAGCACGGUUACAUUGGUGAGUUUGAGUAUGUGGAUGACCAUAGAUCUGGCAAAAUUGUUGUUGAGUUGAACGGAAGGUUGAACAAGUGUGGCGUUAUCAGCCCUCGUUUUGAUGUUGGUGUUAAGGAGAUUGAAGGUUGGACUGCUCGUUUGCUUCCUUCCCGACAGUUUGGUUACAUCGUUCUGACUACCUCCGCCGGUAUUAUGGACCAUGAAGAAGCCAGGAGAAAGAAUGUCGGAGGCAAGGUCCUCGGAUUCUUCUAUUGAUAUAUGUUAUAUGGUGAAGGAUAUGCCCUCCCUUUGUUUUUUCUUUCUUUUGAAUUUUGCUGUAACUUUUGUUGGAUAGUGGUUAAAUUACUCUUGUUGGUCUCGAGUUCUUUAAAUAUUCAUUCGGACUACAUCUA